AUGAUCACAUUCCGCUUCACCAGAGUGACAUUCGGACUUAACGUAUCACCGUUUCCCCUCGCAGGCACAGUACAGUACCACCUUCAGAACGCAGUAGAAGACAAGAAACUAGCACAAGAAAUUCGAGACAAUUUAUACGUCGACAACUUGAUACUCGGCGCACAUGAUAACGAAGAAUUAAGACAAAAAGCCAUAGCGACACGACAGAUCUUCAAGGACAUGAACAUGAAUCUGCGCGAGUUCCUGGCCAACACGGAUUCACCACAGAAACUCCUUCCACAGCAGGCGAUUGCCAAAUAA